UUACAUGUAGACAUAUCUUAAUGUUUCGUGCUGCAAUGAUUCUAGCCCUGUGAGAUUCCCGUUAUUCUUUUUGGAUUUUGGAUUUACCUGUCUCAGUCAGCUAUUUAUCAGUUUCUAUAAUGGUGGGAGCUGUCUGUUUCCUUCCCGCCGUCACGGUGACGCUGUUGUCUUGCUUUCCUGUCGCCAUGUCUUCGCGCAGAGACGUGUUGGAGCUCGGAGACUCGGACUUCGACUAUCUGGCAGCUGAGCACGAGACCAUGCUUGUGAAGUUCUACGCUCCAUGGUGUGGUCACUGUAAGAAAUUAGCUCCAGAGUUUGAGAAGGCGGCAGCUAAACUGAAGGGAAGUGUUCAGCUAGCAAAGGUGGACUGUACCGCUCAGUCAGAGACAUGCAGUCGUUUCGGAGUUACUGGUUAUCCAUCUCUGAAGAUCUUCCGGUAUGGCAAAGACUCCGCCCCCUAUGAUGGACCCCGCUCAGCAGAUGGAAUCUACCAGUACAUGAAGAAGCAGACUGGACCAGACUCAGUUCACCUGAAGACCAAAGAGGCCUUUCAUUCCUUUGUCAACAACUAUGAUGCAAGCAUUGUUGGCGUGUUCUCAGGCUCGGACAGUUCUGGUCUGGCGGAGUUUGUAAAAGCUGCGGGUCUGCUUAGAGAACAGUUCAGAUUUGCUCACAUCACCGAUAUGCAGAUAGCGGAGGGGCACAGCAUUGACACUGAGAGUGUGCUCCUGUUCAGACCUCCCAGGCUCUCCAGUAAAUUCGAGGACAGUGUUGUUGUCUUCAAAGAUUUUCUGACCAUCAGCUCUCUGAGACGCUUCAUCAGAGAUCACAUCUAUGGUGUGUGUCCUCACAUGACAAUGGAGAACAGAGAUCGUCUAAGAGUUCGUGACCUGCUGACGGCGUACUAUGACUUGGAUUACCAUCACAAUGUCCGAGGGUCUAACUACUGGAGGAAUAGGGUGUUGAAGGUGGGAUCUAAAUACACUGGGCGGGGCCUGAUGUUCUCAGUAGCCAAUAAAAAAGAUUUCCUGGUUGAGCUGGAGGAUGAAUAUGGCCUGGGGAUGUCAGACGGAGGAGAGCUUCCCUUUGUCAUCAUCCGGACCAAACUGGGCCACAAAUACAUCAUGAGGGAGGAGUUCACGAGGGAUGGACAGUCAUUGGAGAGGUUCCUGGAAGAUUAUUUUGCAGGUAAUCUCAAACGCUACAUCAAGUCAGAGCCGGUACCAGAGAAGAACACUGCAGCUGUUAAGAAAGUUGUUGCCGAGUCCUUUGAUGACAUCGUUAAUGAUCCAAGCAAAGAUGUCCUGAUUCAGUUUUACUCUCCCACCUGUCCACAUUGCAAGAAACUGGAGCCUGUCUACAGAGAACUAGCUGAAACGUUGUAUGCUGAGAAAAACCUUGUCAUUGCCAAGAUGAAUGCUGUCGAUAACGAUAUUCCGUUGGGUUACGAUGUCCAAGGGUAUCCAACAUUUUAUUUUGCUCUAGCAGGUAAAAAGGAUGAGCCUAUCCGAUACCAGGGCACACGAGAGCUCAAAGACUUCCUGAAGUUCCUGAAACGUGAGGCAAGUCACAGUCUAACGGUUAGUGGGUCGAGGGAUGAACUGUGACACGGACAUCCACCAAUCAGGCCUGACUAACAGAGAAAAAAACCUAAUGGUCUGUGUUACCACAAACGGGUGCACUUACUCUGCAAGCAAACCUGUAUAUGAACCAGAAAUGACAAGGAAGGACAUCUUCUGGCUGGUGGUUCCUGAAAACAAUGUCCAAGAUUCCUCAACUAUCCCCAGCAUCCCUACUCAUCAUGUAAUACAGCCUCUCUGAAUUUAUUCAUCUAUGUAUUUAUUAAUAUAAUGAUGGAUCCAUUGUUAUUGACUUUGUUUAUUUAAUUGUAUUUAAUGUUAAAAUUAAUGCAACUUUAUUUGGUGCUGUUUUGUAUUUAUUUAUUUAUUUAUUUAUUUUAACCUCAGCAGAGACUGUUUGUAUGUUUUGUGAUAAACCGGUAGAUCUAUUCUGAGUCUUUUUUACUGUCAGAGAAACUCUACUGGGACUAUUAAAUAAAGCAACGGCUGUCUUAUAACAGUGUUC